ACAUUAUAAUUGAAGUACAUCAUAGUUGACAUUCGGUAGUCGCCACUUGGUCUUUGUCUACUCUUUUACCAUGAACUGCAAAUUUUUUAUCCUCGUAAUCUUGUUUCAAACUUCAGGCUUAGUUUUAUCAAUCCCCCAAAAUUACGAGUCAAUUUUCAACUUCGGCGACUCCCUAAGCGACACAGGCAAUUUCCUUCUCUCCGGUGCCCUUGCAUUUCCGGUCAUCGGACAGCUACCUUACGGCGAAACCUUCUUUCAACGCGCAACCGGCCGGUGCUCCGAUGGUCGUCUUAUAAUCGAUUUCAUCGCCGAGGCAUUUAAUUUGCCGUAUGUGCCACCGUACCUAGCAGUAAAGCAAGGCCAAGGCCAAAGUCCUCGACACGGAGUGAACUUUGCAGUCUCCGGAGCUACUGCACUUGAUGCUGAGUUUUUCUUCAAACGAAACAUCUUGAUUUUAUGGACAAAUGAUUCCUUGAAUGUUCAGCUUAAUUGGUUCAGAAACCUCAAGCCCGACCUUUGCUCCGAUAAAGAGUCUUGUGAUGAUUUCUUCAAGAAAUCACUUUUCAUGGUCGGAGAGAUCGGUGGGAACGAUUAUAACUACGCCUUCUUUCUUGGUGGAGGCAUUAAACAGCUUCGAUCCAUGGUCCCUUUGGUCGUUGGAGCAAUUACUGAUGCGACCGCUGCGUUGAUAGAGGAAGGUGCGGUGGAGUUGAUGGUGCCAGGAAAUCUUCCGAUCGGUUGCUCAGCUGUUUACUUGACCUUGUUUGAAAGCCCUAACAAGGGAGAUUAUGACCGCCACGGUUGCCUGAAGGCAUUUAAUGCUUUCUCAAAGUACCAUAAUUCUAAGAUUAAACAGGCACUGGAUAUGUUGAGACAAAAGUAUCCACAUGCCAGGAUUAUGUACGCUGAUUACUACGGUGCUGCCAUGCGUUUUGUUCAUGCCCCACUACAUCACGGGUUCUAUGGUGGGACUCUAACGGCGUGCUGUGGAGGGGGUGGUCCAUAUAAUUUCAAUAACUCGGCAAGGUGCGGUCACGCCGGAUCUAAAACAUGUCAAGAUCCUUCCAUUUAUUCAAAUUGGGAUGGCAUUCAUCUGACCGAGGCGGCCUAUCGCUAUAUAGCCUUGGCAUUGAUCAACGGCUCCUCUUCUCAACCACCCCUCAUUUCCCAUCCCCUUUGAGG